UCUCUUACACUAGAAGCGCCGGCCAACCAGUCUCUCACGUGCUCUCCCCCAUUAUUAAGGAUUUGUUUGCGUUCUUUCUCUCUCAUGUGCUCUCCCGUUCGAUAGGGAUUUCUUUGCACUUUUCCACAAGGUUUCUUCCUUGUUUUUCUCAACCAAAAAAAAAAAAAAAAGUUUAUUCCUUGUCCUCCCAAAUUUUAACUUUUUCCUUCCCUCUCUGUUUGAUAUUUGAUUCAAGGGCGGUUCUUUCAGCUUCUCACCAGCCUAAUACUUCCUACUAGAUCACUCCUCUGCUAUAAUAAUCUUGGUCCGCCAUGGCUAGGAGAAGCGGCUGAUACCUUCUGAUCGAUAAGUGUAGUCCUAAAUAGCUGUUUCGGAAUAAGAAGCGAGCGGCACGAUGGACAAGUACGAGGUCGUAAAGGAACUCGGGUCCGGUAACUUCGGCGUGGCGAGGCUGCUGCGGCACAAGGAGACGAAGGAGCUCGUCGCCAUGAAGUACAUACCGAGAGGUCAGAAGAUCGACGAGAACGUUGCGAGGGAGAUCAUCAAUCACCGCUCCCUCCGCCAUCCUAACAUUAUUCGAUUCAAAGAGGUAGUGUUGACGACGACGCACCUUGCGAUCGUCAUGGAGUACGCCGCCGGUGGAGAGCUCUUCGAGCGGAUCUGCAACGCCGGGAGAUUCAGCGAGGACGAAGCAAGAUAUUUCUUCCAGCAACUCAUUUCUGGCGUCAGCUACUGCCACUUCUUGCAAAUAUGCCACCGGGAUCUCAAGCUUGAGAACACUCUUCUCGAUGGAAAUCCAGCGCCGCUGCUCAAAAUUUGUGAUUUUGGCUACUCCAAGUCGUCCCUACUGCACUCAAAGCCUAAAUCCACAGUUGGCACGCCGGCGUACAUUGCACCAGAGGUCCUCUCUCGCCGGGAGUAUGAUGGCAAGCUUGCAGAUGUCUGGUCUUGUGGUGUAACUUUAUAUGUAAUGCUGGUGGGAGCUUACCCAUUUGAGGAUCCUGAUGAUCCCAAAAACUUCAGAAAAACUAUUGGGAGAAUCGUAGGAGUUCAGUACAAGAUUCCUGAUCAUGUCCACAUAUCCCAGGACUGCAGACAUCUCCUCUCCCGAAUCUUUGUUGCCAACCCAAUUAAGAGGAUAACUAUAGGUGAGAUAAAGAAACAUCCAUGGUUCUUGAAGAACUUGCCAAGGGAACUGACUGAAACAGCACAGGCAGUUUAUUACAAGAAGGAUAAUAGUGCACCCACCUACUCCCUACAGAGUGUUGAGGACAUUAUGAAGAUUGUUAAGCAAGCGAGGAAUCCGCCUACCUCAACCCCUCCGGUGCCAGGAUGGGCUGAAGAAGAAGACGAGGAAGCGGAAAACAAAGAUAAGAAGCCAGCUGAAGAGGAGGAAGAGGAAGAGGAAGAGGAUGAGUAUGAGAAGCAUGUCAAGGAAGUCCAAGCCACUGGUGAAUAUGAAAUCAGUUGAUUGAAAGAACUCGGUGCAUUCCUUUUCUUUCUACUGUUUGUUGUGAACACCCUACUGUUUUAUCAUUUCUGUUCAAUUGUUUCUUACCUUAUGUAAAAAAUAACUGGAUGAUAAUAUAUUUAUAUUAUGAAGCCUCA